AGCAGCAGCAGCAGCAGCAGCCGCCUCCAAAGGAGGAGGAGAAGGAAGGCAACCCCGCAGGAGCGGCCGAAGCGGGGAACCGUCCGGCCGGUGGCUUUGGGCCCAGCGAGCUCGGAGAGGCGGAGAGUAGGGCGGAAGGUGUGUGUCCGUCGACCGUCGGCGAGGUUUGGGGGGUCCCUGCGGCCCCCUCCGGCACGGCGGGUUGGGGGAGUCCUGGAUCGGGCCUUCUCUUCGUCCUCCUCGUCCUCCCGCCCCCUGCCCACCCCGGGACCGGCUUCGCACCUGCGGUUCGGCGGGAGGAGGCCGAGGACCGGGAGGAGCACCGGGAGGAGCACCGGGAGGAGGAGGAGGAGGAGGGAGGAUGUCCCUGUCGCCCUCCGAGGAGUGUCGCUCGCCCGUCGGGCUGGACUGCUGCAGCUGCUGCCUCGACCUGGCCAACCGGAGUGGGCUAGUCGAGGACGGGGCCCGUAGCCCCGCCAGCCCCACCGUCAGCAACUUUCGGCAGCUGCGGGAGCAGCUGGUCUUCGAGAACCUCAACGCCGACAAACUGGACAGCAUCAUGCGGCAGGAUUCCCUGGAGCCCGUCGUCCGGGAUCCCUGCUACCUGCUCAACCAAGGCAUCUGCAACCGCAACAUUGACCAGACCAUGCUCUCCAUCCUGCUCUUCUUCCACAGCGCCUCCGGGGCCAGCGUGGUGGCCAUCGACAACAAGAUCGAGCAGGCGAUGGAUCUCGUAAAAAACCACCUGAUGUACGCGGUGCGGGAGGAAGUGGAGGUCCUGAAGGAACAGAUCAAGGAACUGGUGGAGAAGAACUCGCAGCUGGAGCGAGAAAACAGCCUCCUGAAGACCCUGGCCAGCCCCGAGCAGCUGGAGAAAUUCCAGUCCCGGCUGCCGUCGGAAGUCCUGGCCCCGGAGACUCCGGCUUCCGGGGCCACGCCCUCACCUGAGCACACCGGCGGCUCUGCAGUGUAAGUGGCUCUGCCUUCGGGGUGGGCAGAGCCACUGAACUUUUUCUACUUAUCUCCUUACAAUAAGUUUUUUCCUCCCGAAGUAUCAUCUCGCAAGGAGAACUUCCCGCCUAGCAACAGCUGGUGCCAAGAGAUGUCCCGACUGGGUCACCUCCAGUGACUGCUCCCUCUUGGAGAGGGGCUCUUCAGCACGAUGAGUUGCGCUGGGACCUGACACGGAAACCCUGCGGGCCUUCCUUCCCGCACGGCCCGGGGAGUGCGGCGGCCACUGGCUUGCCGGUCCUCCCCACCGGAGGAGGCGAAAGGUGUCUUCAGGAGGCCGGCGGGGGUCCGGAAACCCCGAGGCAGCAUGCCCGCUGACCCCCCGCCUUGCGUGGAACGGCUGGGGAUGUUGGAGAGGAGAGCCUGUCCCCCCCACCCCACCCCGAUCCUCCCAACCGUGCCCGUGUGUCCUUGAGAACUCCGUCGGGUGGACCUCCUGCUGCAUUUGACUGAGACCGUUCCCCGAAGAAGCCAGGGGGUCGCCUCUUGGAGCGACACGACCCGAUCCUUCUCUGCCCCCCAGGGGCUUCUGGAGGGAUGGAUGAGAGACUGAGCCAAGUCAGCCUUCUGUUGGCUAUUAAGGUUUAGCAUGUGGCUUGUAUACACCACAGCUUUUGGGAUGAUGACGAAAAAGGCUUUGUUAGUACUGGUAUUUUUUUUUUUUUUUUACAUACAAUUUAUAUACAUAUAUACACACAUAGGGAGAUAGCUAUCUAUAUGGAUAGUCGUAUAUAUGUUCAUUCACACAUCUACAUACUGAUAAAUCUAACCAUCUGUAAGGGGAUUGACUGGCACCUGGUUAUCGGAGGGAGAUUUUAGGACUUGUAGAAGGUUUCUUGAAGAGGUUGGCCCAGCCUUUUCCUUUUGAAGGAGGGUGGGGAGUGAAGUCAACCGAAGGCUCUCCGGAGAGGCAGAGAAGAGGGCCCGCUGAUGACCUGUAUCGGAUGGGUGUGAACAGGACCGCCUUGCUGAUCAAAAACACUCCUCAUCCUGGGCACGGGAGGUCAACUUCCGAACACUGAAGCAGUCCCGAUGCUGCCGACUCACCGCCGGAAGAUCAGCUCGGUUUAUGGGACGAGUUGGGUUUUUUUUUGUUUUCAUCGUUUUAACAAACAGGAUGAUUAGAGAACGAACAGAACGGAUGUAGGCCGAAGGGAAUGGGCCAGCCCGAGUCCUGAGGGCCAGAAGACGAGACCGGGACCAAUGGUGGCCGUGGUUAUUUGCUCAAUGAGCUUUUCUAGGAGGUGGUUCGGUCGCAACAGCAGGACCCGUUUUCUGAUCCCAUCCUGGGGCAUUCAGGAGUGUGCUCUUGAUUGUUCAAAUGUAGACAGAGAUUUAUUGCAAUAAACUUUACUUUUCUAUAAA